AUGUAUCCACCGCGUCAAAAUGUUGGUUCCCAGCAGAACCAAACCAAAUUUUCCGUACCUGAUGCGUGUGAUCGAAUAAAGGACGAGCUGUCAUAUCUUCAGCAACAAUGCCAUACCCUGAAGGUGGAGUGCGAAAGAUUAACUCAAGAGAAGACUGAACUCCACCGGGUAUACAUGGUGUAUUAUGAACUAGCCUAUGGGUUGAAUGUUGAAAUCCACAAACAGGUAAACGUCUUUUUUCAUCGAUCGUUGCAGACUGAAAUAUCUAAACGCUUGGGGGCCAUAAUCGCUCAAGUUCUACCCUACCUUCCCCAAGAACAUCAGGCUCAAGUUGCUGCAGCGGUUGAGCGCGCAAAACAGGUCACAUUGCCAGAACUGAACAACUUAAUUAGCCAACAUCAGUUGCUAUUCGCCGGUGCUAAUCCGAUCGGUGGCCAACUGGCUGCAGCAUUUCCCCCACCAGGAAUACCGGGUCUGCCUCAACCACCGUCUUCUACCGUUAAUGGAGCCGGUGCUCUUAGCCCUUCUCCAGCCGGCGGUGUGAACUCCCUCAGUGGCACCCUACUCUCACUGCCCGGUGCUCCUCCUAAUCCCUUUGCGCCACCGAUUACUUCUGCAAGUGGUCCUAACGUCAGCACCACAACCCCCAAUGCUGGUGCAUUUCUCGGGGCACCCACCUCUACAUCCCCCGGUUUUCCCAACUCCAAUCUGGCCCAAUCACAAAGCGCUAUGGCUGCGGCAAUGGCUGCGAUGGCAGCGGGUCUGCAGACAAACAGUGCCGCCGCUUUUGGAUUUCCAAACUCCCAGACGCCCAAUUCAUCUCCCGCAGGCCUUGCUGCCAACAGCCUGUUGCCAAACAUGAUGUCGCCUACCGCCCUCUCCGCACUGAUGGGUGAUAAGUCCAUGGACGAGAAACAGCGAGCCGCAGCAGCAGCUGUCGCUGCAGCGAUGACGGCGGCAGUGGCCCAACAACAAUGCGGCGGGCUGACUGGGGUCGAUCCCACCGCCAUGAUGGCGACCAUCGCGAACAUGUCGCAGUCCGCCCCCGGCGCAGGUUUCGAUCUCUCACACACAGCCUGUGCCGCAGCUGCUGCAGCUGCCGCCGCGGCUGGCGUCCUUCCACCCCCUCCGCCAGCACCGGCCCCACCCCAACCACCCUCGUGUCUGCCUUCGGCACCAGCUCCCCUACCGGAGGUCCCUCCAACUGCGGCAGCAGUACCACCGAUACCCCCUCUGCCCAGCUCUGCGGAACCACCCCGACUUCAUUCUCCACAGGCGCUUGGUGCAUCCAGUCCUACUCAGCCAGCUAGAGCCUCCUCUACUCUCGGUUUUGUGGACUCUAAACGUCGUCGGCUUGACAAUCAAAACGAAGAAGCUAAGAGUGAUUCAGAACUCCUAAAUGGUGCCAAUCACAUCAAUCACAAUGUCAAACGAGACGUCGUGAUGAACGGCACGGCAGCUGCAAUUGGGCACAGUCCACAUGAAAAUGGCGGGGGCAGCACCAGCUGUGGUAACGACACGAAACUCGAGCGGAAUAGGGCCUCGACUCCAAACACUAACGCCAUCGCCAACAGUAAUGGAGAAAAUCGGUCGCCCUUAUCCCCCAGUGCUCUCAACCUCGGGACACCUUUCUUGUCAACGAAUAAUACUGCUGUCUCUCCUAAGCCCUCUACAUCCGUCAACGCUCAGCUUCCUGUGACUUCGACUCCGAUCGGUGAAGCUGUACCAUCGCUGGCAUCAGUGACGCCAAUCCCUCCCUUCCUAGCAGGAGCAACUCCAACCACGCCGAGCCUCCCCACUCCGAUGACGCCCUUCCCAGGGGGUCCACCCCCACCGCCGGGUCUCCCCGGUCUCAUGACCUCUACACCCACUCAUCCUUCUCUCCUCUCCCGGUUUCCCGGUCCUCUUCCUCCUGGUGCCGCUGCUCCUCCACCCCCUUCUAACUUUCUGAGACCGCCUGGGGCUUCUCCCGGAUCCAUUUCAUCGAUCCCAUUUGAUGGGAGUUUCCGAACUUCUACACUAGCCGUCGGACGAACGACGUACUCGUACGUCUAUAUGGAGGGCCAACCACCUGCACCCAUCACUAUGCCCCCAGAAGUCUGCUCAGGUCCGGGCAUUCCACAUUCUACGAAGGUCAUCCAGACCAUUGAACACGGUGAGGUUGUCUGCGCGGUAAUGAUAAACAGCUCUACCCGGCACAUCUACACCGGUGGCAAGGGCACUGUGAAGUUGUGGGAUCUGGCUGCAGCCACCGCUGAACGCGCUCCAACCGUAUCGAAGAGCCCCCUCGCUACUAUGGACUGUCUCCAGGGUGGAAACUACAUUCGAUCGAUUAAAAUGGGCCAGGAGGGAAAUCUGCUGGUUGUCGGUGGAGAAGCCAAUGUAGUGAGUAUUUGGGACAUGGGGGGCCUAACACCACGACCAAAAGGAGAAAUAGAUAUUGGCGUGCAGGCAUGCUAUGCUGUGGCGGUUUCCAAUGACAGCAAGCUCUGCUACUUUUGCCAGUCAGAUGGUGUGAUUUCAGUGUGGGAUCUGCACAACCAGAGCCAGAUUCGACGAUUGCAGGGCCACGGAGAUGGUGCGUCAUGCGUGGAUUUGAGCGCGACCUGCGCUCAACUCUGGACGGGUGGAUUGGACAAGACAGUGCGCAAUUGGGACAUCCGUGAGAUGCAUCGCCAAAUAGCGCAGUUCAACUUCAACUCCCAGAUCUUUUCUCUGGCCAAAUCACCGACGGAAGAGUGGGUGGCCGCAGGUAUGGAGUCGGACGAGAUUGAACUGUUUGCACCGGGCCGGAUGGAUCGGUACCAGCUACGGAUGCACGAGAGCUGCGUGCUAUCAUUGAAGUUCGCCCAUUCGGGCGUUUGGUUCGCCUCCACUGGCAAGGACUCCUGGCUCAAUGCCUGGCGACCUCCAUGGGGUGCUAACUUGUUCAGGGUGAAGGAGAGCCUCUCUGUACUGAGCUGCGAUAUAUCGGCGGAUGAUCGGCAUUUAGUCACGGGUAGUGGCGAUAGGAGAGCUUCUAUAUACGAAAUCAACUACUGA